AUCAGCUGGAGGUAGUGUGUCGACGUCGAGGAAGUGUACAAGAGCCAGUGGCGCCGCGCAAACCGUCGGCACCAUUUCUUUAUUUACUCUAUUUUUUGUUCUGUUUUCUUUUUAACAAAAACACUGUGGCAACGCACACGGGAGUGUACCAGUGGUACUCGUUAGCGUUGAGUUUGAAUAAUAGAAGAAACAUCUGAGAGAAAGGUAAGAGAUUGAGGUGGCCGAGGGGGUGGGUGCCGAAAGGGGAUUGAAAGUGAAGAGAGACAGAGAGUUAAAAGAGUGAGAUCGUAUGCGUGGUUUCUGGUACGAUGAGACGACGAGGGACAAGGAAGCAGUCUCGUCGUAUCGUUAAAACGUCUUGUCCGUCGGCGUCAUCGAUGCACGAGGACGAGACCGAGGAAGCGGUCCCGGUGAACAGUCAACUCAAUAAUUUACAAGGGAAAAAUAUUUCGAGGUAUUGUUUACUCGAGGCCACUGGGCUCACGAUGAGGGUGUGAGCGAGAGAGAUAAAUACAGGAAGAAAGAGAAACCGAUAGAGACAUAUUGCCAAAGCCCAUGUACGCAAUCGCGGGAUUUGCCCCACGUGAAAUAAUGGCAUCUCAUGGUUACGCCUUGAUUUCACUCUUUUUCAUUGGGGCUGUGGGUCUCUCUGUUGAUGGGCGCAGUUAUGGUACACGGAGAUCCACUGGGGAUGGGGUUGCUGGUGCUUCAGCAGUCAAUGAAUUGCCCAUGCAUGGACCCAGUGCUGAUAAUCAGGGAUUGCCUAAUAAUCUGGGGGAGGCUUAUCCAGGAAAAAAUUUUGGCCCCAUGGGGCCUGUUGACAGGACAUUUCCUGGGCCCGAAUCCAGAAAUCUUGCCAAUGGUGGGCCUCAGGUUGUCGGUACUGUCACCACAACUGUCAAAACACCCAGGCAGUAUGAGGUCUUCAAGGUUGAAUUCUCAAGAGUUGAAACACCAUUCGUCAUUGGCAUCUGGAUUUUCUUCGCUAGUUUGGCUAAGAUUGGUUUCCACAUGGCACCAAGAUUGAGCAAAAUAUUUCCCGAGUCAUGCCUUCUGAUUGUCGUUGGUGUUGUCAUUGGUGUACUACUGUUCCAAGCGAGUGAAGUGCACGUGUCACCAUUAACACCAGACACAUUCUUCCUCUACAUGCUUCCACCUAUAAUUCUCGAUGCCGGAUACUUCAUGCCAAAUCGAUUAUUCUUCGAUCAUCUGGGUACUAUCCUGCUAUUUGCUGUCCUUGGAACAAUAUUCAAUACAUUAUCCAUUGGUGCAUCCCUCUGGCUCCUGGGACAAAGUGGACUAUUCGGAUGUGAUACCCCACUGCUGGCGAUGUUUCUAUUUUCCGCCCUGAUAAGCGCAGUGGAUCCAGUAGCGGUUCUAGCCGUCUUCGAGGAGAUUCAUGUCAAUGAAAUUCUGUACAUUGUUGUGUUUGGCGAGAGUCUACUUAAUGAUGCCGUCACUGUCGUGUUGUAUCACAUGUUCGAGACGUACAAUGCCAUGGAGGCAUCCAGCAUCACGUACGUCGAAAUACUAUCGGGAUUUGCCUCAUUUAUCGUUGUUGCUAUUGGGGGAACUGUUAUUGGAGUUAUAUGGGGAUUCGCUACUGGUUUUGUCACGAGGUUCACUCAUCAAGUUCGCGUUAUUGAACCCAUUUUCAUAUUUGUUAUGGCUUAUCUCGCGUAUCUUAAUGCUGAGAUAUUUCACAUGUCUGGAAUAUUGGCCAUAACAUUCUGCGGUAUAACAAUGAAAAAUUACGUAGAAGCCAAUAUAUCCCACAAAUCGCACACAACCGUCAAGUAUACGAUGAAAAUGUUAUCAAGCAGUUCUGAAACAAUAAUCUUCAUGUUCCUGGGAGUUGCGACGGUUAAUAACCGACACGUCUGGAAUACGUGGUUCGUCUUCAUGACGAUAUUUUUUUGCUCAGUUUAUCGAAUACUCGGUGUACUUCUCCUCACAGCAGUGGCAAAUCGAUUUCGCCUGCACAAACUCGACAAGGUGGAAAAGUUUGUGAUGUCGUAUGGUGGGUUGAGAGGUGCUGUGGCAUUUGCCUUGGUACUCCUAAUCGAUCCCAACCACGUGCAACUCCAACCAAUGUUCGUUACCACCACAAUUGCUGUUAUAUAUUUCACUGUUUUCAUUCAGGGUAUAACGAUCAAGCCACUGGUGAGAAUACUUAAUGUCAAACGAGCAGAGAGAAAGAAGCCAACCAUGAACGAGAGGAUACACGAGAGGAUCAUGGAUCACAUAAUGGCGGGUGUCGAGGAUAUCCUGGGGAAGCAUGGAAAUUAUCACGUGAGGGACAAAUUCAAGCGAUUCGACACAAAAUUCAUCAGGCCCUACCUAGUCCGUGAUCAUUGUGGUGCAGAGCCAAAGAUACUGGAAACCUAUUCGAAACUAGCCAUGAAAGAUGCCAUGGAUUACAUUCGUCGUAAUGCCUCAACAAUAGGAAAUAUAAGUGGUACAGAGAGUAUGUCCGCAAUAUUCCGGAACUACAGCAAUACCGGCCACUUCAACUCCAGCCCCAGCUGCAGUCAACUCGAGAGUGGUUGGAACAUCGAUCUCCAGGAGCUCGAGUACUACCCCUCAAAGAAAGACCUGACCGACGCUAAAAUCCACCAUCUCCUAGCAGAGGAGCUCUGCAAACCGUACAAAAGGGUAAAACAUCGGAGACUCAGCUACAGUCGUCAUGCUGUCAAUGACCGGGACUUGUCUACCCAGGUUAAUUACAAAAUGCACAUGAACAUUCGUCGGAUGAUGGGUGAGCACAAACACCGGCACAAACGGAGCAAAAAGUUGAUCAAGGAUGGGGCAAAGCAGAAUCACGUGAGUUUCCCCGAGUUGCAGCAGCAGAAUGGCUCCACCAAAUUAUUCUCCCAAGAUUACAUCAAUGGGAUUUUGUACGAAACGGAGGACGGCGAGGAGGUAAAGCCCUCCGACAAUCCUGAUUGGGACUCAGCCAUUACCUUCACAGCACGUAGCACAGAUUCAAAUCCACAUGGCGAGAGUUCUCAUCAUGAUAAUGGUAAUGACGAUGAUACUGAUGUGGAUGAGGACACUGAGAUGGGGAUGAUGAGGAGGCAGAGGGGUGAAUCUGAGGGUGAACCUUUCAGGGUAACAACACCCACUGCCAUUGAAACAAUGUUACCGUGGAAACGUGAGGAUGAUUACGACACUGGAAGGCCAGUUAAACAGAAUGAAUUUCCACCCUGGUGCUCCAACAAAGAGUACAUCGCUUACAGUUCACCUUCAGCGACGUUUUUAGGUGGUAUCGAGCAGCCUAAAAGUCAAUCGGUAAUCGGAUAUUUCCGAAAGGACAGUGUUGUCUCUCCGGACAUAUCAGGCUACCCAGAUCCCGACGAGAGCGACGAGAUCGAGGCAAUGGACUCGAAGCAUUGCGAGCUGUCACCGAGUCUCGAUAAUGCAAGGAGUGUUAAGAGACGUGGCUCAAUGAUGGAGCUCAGUUCAGCCGAGUCAAUAAACAAAGAGAAACUCAACAAUGGCUCCCACUCAUUACCUGAAUACUGGAAUACCCAGAGAUUGCGUUUACAAACUACAUUUCCUUGUUCAACGACAAAAGCACCUAGUCUAUCGACAGCACUGAUAUCAUCGUCAACAGAAUCAUCGGAUGAUUAUGAGGAGGAAUGACCGUGGAUAGAGACGUCUUCCAUUGAGGGGCGUCCACGUCGAGGAAGUGACCUUCGCUCGGUUCUGUCGGGCCUGUUCCGUCGACCGAGUGCUCCUGUAUGAUUUUUUUUCAAACCCCGAUUAACGCUCAUAUGAAAAAAUUCUAUUGCGAUUGAAAUUUAUGAUAUUCCAUCGGUUUUUACUGCUUUGUCCUGAAAACUCAAUCGCUUUUAUACGGAUUUUUCCAUGAAAAAAAAUCGAAUCAAUGGAUCAGGGCGUUUCGAUUUUUUAGGGCAUUUGGGCGCAAUGAGUUUUGGGGAGUAAUCGAAAUGUAAAUUUUUUUUUCUCGUUGUUUUAGUGAAAAAUUGCGGAAAUUGGGGGAUUUUUUUUUUCAUGAGAGUUUCGGUGAAUUUUUUCAUACGUGACGUCAUUUUAUUUUUUCACUAACUUUUUAAUGAGGUGUUGUGAUGUGGAUUGGGUAGCGAUAUCUGAAUUGAUAGUCGGAAUCCUUAUUACCUUAUCUCGAGUCUUUUAUCGUAGAAUUUUUUUAUUUGUCGAUAUUUGAAGUUGAAAAUAAUAUAGGGUACAGUAUUAUUUAUUCUGCAGUCGAGAUUUUGUUUUUUGAGAUGGAAAAUAUCAUGCGAGGUCAUUGUGGUUUUAUUCUCGUUCUGUUACAGAAUUGUCAAAAUUCAAAAUUUAAUUAUAAUUAGAUUAAUUAAUUCCAAGUCUGCGGGCACCGUGAGCCACAAUGAGACGGGUGCCUUCAACUGAAACCUGACGAGUGUUUUGGUUGCACAUGAGUUCCCUAAAAUCAGUCACUACUUUCCUAUUUUUACGGCGUUUAUUAUUAAAUCACAUGUACGAAAAAAUUAUAUUGGAGUGUCAUCUAAUUUUGACAUUCUGAUUCUUAUUUUCUGGUGAAACGAGAAAAAUAACAGAAAAUAGAACUUGCAGAAUCCAUGAAUUAUUAUCAUAUUAAAAUACCAGCGAAAAAGCACCUGAACUUUUUGAUAAAUUUUUUCCAUAAAAUGACUUCGCACAUGCAAUGAGACGAGUUGAAAUUGAGUCACUGAUUUGGGCGAAGUGCCAUAUCGUACUGCUAUCGUAAAAAAAAAAAAUUCAAAAUCAAUGAUCGCCGCGCGACACUCGAUUUUUCUAAUACUCUAACCAAUGUAAUCGAUCGACACCAAGUUCCACUGGUUAUCGAUUUUAUUUUCAGCACCCUCUAGAAAGUUUAAAUAAAUGAUCGAAAUUAGUAGCCACCAAGUGGUUGCUCUAUCAAAAAGAAUUUUAAAUUGUGAAUUUUGAGCUUGAGGUAAUAGUUGAAAAUAUUUUUUUUUAUUUAGUUAAUAUCGAUUUGCUUGACCAGGAGUUAAUGGGAGUACAAAGCAGCCAGAGUGGCACAAUGUGAAUACGAAUUGGGGCAAUCAUCUGUGGGAUAAACGCGCCAUUGUAGAUAAUAUAAAUAAUUCCGGAAAUAAAAGAAAAAAGAAAAAAGAAAAAAGAAAUUAGACGACGACCAGAGUAGCUAAUUACGCUCGAUUAGUCUUUACGCUGUUGAUUUGUUAAAUAAAUGUUUAUUUCGUAA